AUGGGCACACCGCCUAAUCUGGAUCUGAACCUUCAGGCUCUCAUUGAACGCUUUGGCAGCCUCACAAUCCAGAUUUCACUUCCGGACGCGGCCCGGGACCAAACCAGCAGAACUCAGGGGGCUUCGGCAGCGACAGGGGCUACCACUGCUUCUUCCUCGGGACCCUCGGCGACAAGCAGCUCUUCACCUGGUCUGGCACCUCCAGCUGAUCAACUUGACUUGCAGCCGGCGCCUGCUACUCCUUCGGAUCGUGUGCUAUCCCUUGCUCGGCACUUGCGUGCCCCGCUGGGCGGCCACAGCCCUGAAGGCCGCAUUCGCCUCGCCUAUCAGUUGGGGAGGGAGGCCGCUCGCAUCUUUACAGGCGAGCGCCGCUGCUUCGAGAGUGCUAGCAUCAGCUCGCGCAGGACGGUGUACGUGAUCUUGGCGGGCGACCUUGUGGAGCGCCCUUUCUUCACCCACUCCGCCGACAUCUACUUCAAGACGGUCAAACCGCACGGCGAGUUCGACCCGGCUUCUAUUUCCCACGGCUUUGCCAGCAUCUCAGAGGCGGAGAUCUCAGUGAUGACCGAGCCGACCGAGCUCGAGUACCUGCAGGGAUGGCGAACGGCGGCCGAUGGCGAUUACACCAAGCUGUUCCUAACCUAUGGGGACCGCACUUCUCAUUGCCUUUUGGUUCGUGCCGUACGGUCUGGAUUCAUAUUGUGCGCUCCUCGCAGCGCCAUCCCCCAAGCUGCUCUGGACGAGGCCACCGCAUCCGAGUUCGGGGGUGUUUUGGGGCCUUGGACCGCGGCUACUUUACCGGUCGCGACCGCUGCAGGAAAGCCCAUAAAGAAGACCGCCGCCUGCCUGCUUGUGGACAUCAACGCCGCCGGGGUGAGCAUGCUCAGCGAGCAGGCUCCGAUGACCAAUGUUUGGCCCGUCGGGAAAUCCGCCUUGGAAGCCUUGGAAGUGUUCAUAAAUGGCGACGAGCUCGAGGACUUGCCCGAGAGGCUCGAGCCCUACUUCACCUGCAGCUCAGGCGCGGAGGCCUUGGCCGACGGGGCUGUCGGAGCCGAGCCUCCCGAUGCGGUCCAGCACGAGCUCCUUCAGCAGAUCCUGGCCCAGACGAGCACCCAAGGCGGCCCGGCUUUCAAUGCUAGAGGAGCGGGGCGCCCAACCUUCAGCGGAUUGUUCGAGGAGGGUGCCGAUGCCAAGCUGAGAUCAAGUGGAUCAGUUGCUUCAGUUGGCAGGGCAAGCACCCAGGACUUUAGGAGACCUUCCAGGCCCUUCUUCGGCUCCUUCGGCAGCCGCCCUGGUACUGUUCUCGGUGCCGGUGCUGGACUCGAGGACGACGAGGAGGACGACGAGGACUUAGGCGCGGCCACCGCGGGGGGCACCGACCUUCUGAGCCGGCUCCUGGCCCAGCAGACCCAGAUCCUCAGCCAGCGGCGACUCCGAAGUGUCUUCGAAAGUGACGGGGGUGAAAGGCAUGGCGGCUCGGCAGCUCCUCCGGGAGCAGUGCGCGAGAGGCUGGCCCAGGCCCGUCGUCGCGCGUCGGUGGCCGAGCUAGAGCCGCGGGACAUGUGGGCCCACUUCCAGGAGACUGUGCCCCUUGGCAACUUCAAGACCUUGACCUACCUGUCUUUCUUGAUGGCCGAGAUGUGGGAAGCAGCCGAGCGGGGCCAUCAGGAGGAGUUGCUCAGCCUUUUGAGCUUGGGCCUGGUGUUCUGCGAGCAAGCUGCGAACGAGCAAGGGCACACCCGCCUGGCCUGGCUCCUUACGUGCCGGGAAGACCCUCCGUUUGCGGUGGUGGAGCAGCGGAAGGCACCUCGAGCCGAAGUUCCUCACGGCAUGCUAGCCGACCCGAGAUGGAUUGCUACGCAGCUGGGGUAUCUCCGCGACGUCGAGACCAUCCAGGACAGGACCCAGCGGUCUCAUCACCAGCAGCUCGGGCUUGUGGGCCGGCGCAAGGCGCGCUGGGACUUCCGAAAUUCCUGCCGAUCAUGGGUCCGCCUUCUAGUGGCCGCGGGCAAUUGGUUGGUUCAAGGGCUGGAGAGGCAUGCCGCAGUGUGGAUCCGCUUAGCGCAAGGGCCUAAGUGCGGAUUGGAACGCGCUUUUCAGAAAUUCGACCAGAUUGACAAACAGCUUCAAGUGCUACAUCAGAUGAGUGCUCAAUUGUAUUCCGAUUUACAGCCUUACAGCAAACCUCCCCGAGGCCAAGAAGCGGAGAAGGACACCGUCGACAGUGAGCCCUCGGCAGCUUCACCUAUGAAGGUCAGCUUGAAAGCCUCAGCCCCAACUUGCAGCCUGAAGAUUGACCCGAAGCGCCUCAAGUUCGAGCAUGCACCCCGUUUCAAAGCUGAGCCCUUCUUGGUGGAUCCUCUGCUUCGAGCAGGGUUUUCCGACCCAAGUGUGUUUCAACGGCCGGCGUCCGAUUGGGAUCGGCCAAAGUGGGCUCGGGUUCAAGCCAGCCAAGCCGAUCAACUGGAAUUAUAUCGCAAAUGGGAUGCGGUUGAAAGUCUGUAUCUUCUUCGUGCUUCGGAGUCUGAGGUGAAGUUCCGUUGUGGCUUUUUUGCGGUGUAUAAGAACGAUAAGUUCGACAGGCAGAUCCUGAACCCGAUCCCGGAAAACGGGCGGUCAUUCUCAGUAUCCGACGCCACUUUGAGUCUGGCCCACGCUUCGCUCCUUUGCCAGCUUUAUCUCCCAGCGGGAAAGAGUCUGGUGAUAAACUCUGAUGACCUGGAAGAUUUCUAUCAUGGGUUUCAAGUGGACGAUAGACAUGCUGCUAGGAAUCACAUCCACGGGGUCUUUUAUGGUCGUGAUUUUCAAGGGUGGCAGGCGUACAGGGAGGAGCUGCACGAUGUACAAGUUGUGGGAUGCUUUAAGACGCUGGCAAUGGGGACGAAUUUUGCCGUAGAAACGGCACAGCACGCUCACUCGGUGCUUCUUCGGCGAGCUGGAGGGCUACACCCGAGCGAACAAGUGGCCUAUCGCCAAGCAUUACCUAAAGGGCCGGGUUUCGAUCUGUUGUGCAUAGACGACCGGGUGUUCCUCCUUGUGGUCUGCGCUUCGGAGCUUAACAGGCCCCCCCAGCUCGACCGCAGGGACAUUCGCUUAUUCAGCCAGGCUGCAGCGCAGUAUGAGAAGACGCAUUUGCGGGUUUCCCAAAAGAAGGCAGUUCGGAACUCCUACCAAGCUGUCGUACUAGGCGGUGAACUGGACGGGGUGCGCGGCGACCUGGCUGCUCCUCGCUUGAAGACGGCAGCCUUAUGCUGCCUGACUUUUCAGCUGAUCGUCCUCGGAGUUUGUUCCAAGAGCCUUCUACAAUGCAUUCUGGGUUGCUGGGUUUUCGUCACUAUGUUUCGGCGUCCGGCUAUGUCCUUGCUAGGUCAGGUAUACCACGAUUUCCGGGGCCGAGAGGAUGAUGAAGUGUUCAGGUUGUCCAUGGAAGCAAAGCAGGAACUAUUGCAGCUGAUCGUGUGGGCUCCCCUGAUGUUCAGCAAUUUGCGCGCCGAACCUGUGGAAGCCUUAUUUUGCACUGAUGCCUCCCCUUUUGCAGCGGGGGUAUGUGAAGCUCGGAUGCCCAGGGAAGCGGUUCUCGAGCUGUUACGGCAUGCUGACUACAAGGGUCAUCACACUAUGUUGCAGCCUGCUAUUUCGAGCUACCUUGAGAUGCAUCAAGAGUUCAUUGCUUCGGUUCCGCAUAAGCUUCCAGGGAGUCUGGCUGAGGGGAUUCUGUUCGAUGUUUGCGAGAUCUUCCAGGGGGCGAAUGCGCUCUCCCUCGCGGCACUUACAAUACAGGCGCCCAGGAUUCGUGCAUUGCAGACUGCCGGUGACAUGCUCCGCCGCCCAGCUCAUCAGCCUGCUCGCUGGAUUGGGGAUUUGGGUACAUGCCUGGGUUGGAAGAAGCUGCUUCAAUACCGUUUUCGGAAGCAGAACCACAUUAACAUAAAUGAGGAGCUCUGUUUGCGUAGCCUCUUUCGACACUUGUCUUCCGUACAUCCUGUUUCGAGAUUUGGUGUUUUACUGGACAGCAGAGUGACAAUCGGUUGCAAUGCAAAAGGAAGGAGCAGCAGCAUGAAGCUGAAUUACUAUUUGAGCACUAGUCUGCCUUUCAUUUUGGGCGGUGAGCUUUUUCCUGCUCUCUUUCAUAUAGGCACCGGCGACAAUGUUUCGGAUGAUCCAUCCCGACUUCGCGAGCUGAGAACAGCUCCAGCGGAACAGCCAGUCUGGCUCAGGCUUUUCCUAGCUGGGCGGCACAAGUACUUUGACCUGGUUCGAGCUGCCGACGACCGCCUCACUCCUGUGGUGGCGAGCCGUCGCCAUGAGCUGUAUAGGAAGUUUUGCCGAUGGAUCGAAGAGGAGCUGCACUGCGAGUUUGCUCAAGUUUGUGCCUCGGGCCUUUUGUUGAGCACUGCUUUAGUGGGCUACGGUAAGAGCUUGUUUUAUUCAGGGCAGCCGAAGUAUGUCUUUUCAGAGAGCAUCAACGCGGUUUCUGACCAAUUUAAGCAUCUGCGCGCUCACUUUGCUGCUGCUUGGGGCAUUCUGUCUCGCUGGGAAGAAGAAGAGCCUGGUGAACGUUCGAUGGUGAUGCCGGAAUCUUUGCUUCGCGCGGCAGUAACGCUGUCUCUUUUGUGGCGCUGGCCUCACUUCACAGGGUUUCUGCUACUGGGCUUUCACGCACUGCUGCGGCCCAGUGAGAUUUUGAAGCUACGCCGCAGAGAUUUGAUUUUACCGCGAGAUCUGCUCACUGAUGUUCCGGUGGCCUUUGUUCGAAUACUGGGCUCAAAGACCAAGCGUUUCCUGCAGAGACAGCACGCUCGCAUCUCAGAUGCCCUCUCCGUGGCAUUUUUGGACGCUCUCUUCGGCCACUGCCACCCUCUCUCGCCUCUCUUCGACUGCAGUCCUGCGGUGCUCCGUCGGCGCUGGAACGCGUUGUUCAGCGCCUUAGGCGUGCCGGUGACUGAGGAUUUGAAGGGCAUCACGCCUAAAUCUUUGCGGGGCUCUGGAGCUACCUGGCUCUACCAACGCACUGAAGAGGUGGAUAAGAUCAUGUGGCGAGGUCGGUGGCAGCAGAGGCGAACUCUUGAACAUUAUUUACAAGAUGUGGCAGGCCAGUUGCUGUUGGUCGACCUGGCAGAGAGCCAUAGGCUCCAAAUACAGCAACUGUCGGGCCUGUCGGUCCGUUUUCUGGUCGAUUUCGUGAAUACCUUUCAUUUUGCGCACAGCUCCAGAUGA